AUGUCGAAGCGUCCGGGAACGCUCGCUCCCAGAGAAUAUGAGAGGGAGAAGCGGGAGAGGGAGAGGGAGGCAGAGGAGCGCGCCCGAUCACGAUCGGGCGGACAUCGGCGCGCGACUGAGGAGGAGUGGCUCGACGAGGAGGACAGGUUGGACUUCGCGGACCCCUCAUCGUCCCGGCGAGGCCUCCCCCAGCCCAGCCAUGGCUACUCCUCGUCGUCCCUGUCGUCCACCUCAUCGGCGACCAGCCUCUCCAACUCAUCCAACUCGAACCCGGCCUCAAACUCGACGAUUCGCAAAAGAUGGGAGAUCAGGUCGAGCGAGGUGAUACGCGACGGGGAGAAGUUGGGCCAAGGCGGCUUCGGCGCCGUCUACAAGGGGUGA